AUGUCACUCUGUUAUACUCGUCCAUUGACAUGGGGUGCAACAUCACCUGUAUUCUCACGCUCAAAGGAUUCAGAUUGUUGUGAAAAUUAUGACGAGAAGAAUUGUUGUGAAACUUAUGAAGAAAAUGAGUGCUGCGAAAGUCAGGAAGAGAAAAAUUGUUAUGAAAGUUAUGAUGAGAAGAAUAUGAAGUUAUGUAGACCAAUGUCUCCCCAUUUAACGAUAUAUAAGCCUCAGUUGACAUCAGUAAUGUCAAUAGCCACUCGAGCAACUGGUAUUAUCCUUGCCUCCUACACCUGGAUUCUUGGUAUAGGAACACUAUUUAUUCCUGGUGGAAUUCCUUGUUUAAUCCAUACAAUAUGUUGCUGGGAUCUGGCACCGGCAGUGCUUGUAGGAUCAAAAGCACUAUUUUGCUACCCUUUAACGUAUCAUUAUUUUAAUGGAAUAAGAAUUUUGAUCUGGAACUUUUUUGGAGGAAAAACUUUGGAGCUCAAAGAUGUUUAUACGACUGGUUGGAUUGUCCUUGCACUUUCAAUAACUUCAGCUUUGAUUUUAGCGGCAAUGUAA